GUCACGUUCAGCCCCGUUGCGGCGACCGCGAUGCUCCCAGUGUCCUGGAUAUUGCUUGCUCUGCCUGUCUCUGCACUCGCCGCGGUGGACAAAGCAUACGGAGUAUCCCCUAGCCUGCUCGAAAAAUACACCCCUAGCUCAAAGUCUACUUGGACCUGUCUGGACGGCUCGAAGGAGAUUGCUUGGUCGGCUGUGAAUGAUGACUUCUGCGACUGCCUAGACGGCAGCGACGAACCUGGUACCGGAGCAUGCCCCAAUACCAGCUUCUACUGCACAAACGAAGGUCACAUUGGUGCUUUCAUUCCUAGUUCGAGAGUAAACGACGGCCUCUGUGAGUCCGAAUGCUGUGAUGGCUCUGACGAGCGGCCUGGCGUGUGCAAGAGCACUUGUAAAGAGGUCGGCGAGGCAUAUAGAGCCAAACGGGAUGCUGAGAGAAAGCUGAGAAAGACUGGCUCCAAGAUUCGCGCAUCAUAUAUCGCAUUCGCUGUAAAGGAGAAGAAGCGAUUGGAAGAUGUUGUUAUUACUUCUGAGAAGGAGGUCGCAGCUCAGCAAAGAGAGGUAAAUCGUCUGAAGGAUCUCGUCGAGCGAACGGAGUCGCUCUCUAUGGCUGCACUGGAGCAUAGGAAAGAGUCGCCACUUUAUCGGGCUCUAUUGAAGCAUCACCAAGUCUUAAAAUCGUUGCAGAAGGAGCACGAGAAACAUCUCGAGCGCGAGAAGGAACUUGGUGAUAUCCUGAGCAACCUCCGUACCGGGUACAAUCCCAACUACCAAGAUAUGGCCGUCCUCGAGGCGGUUCGCGGAUGGGAGUUUCUUGCUGGCCUUCCUCAUAUCAAUGAUGUUCACAAGGACGACCAACCCACCGAGGAGGAGUUGGGCAGCGACGAAGUAGAGGAAGAGGAGGAAGAGGAGGAGGAUAUCCUGACUGUAGAGGAACUGGAGGAAGAGUUACCAGCCUUGCUCGAAUCCGACUAUGAAUCUCUGCUUAUCGAGCAUGACAAGCACGUUGGAACACCUUCUGAUGAGUCUCUCCUGUUUAACGUUGGUUCAUACGUCCCCGACGCGCUCCUACCGCAAUUCGAAGCUGUUCGGGAUGGUCUACUGACCUGGCUCAGGACCUUCGGUAUCAUCAAGGGUGGUUCUGACGGCGAACCCGCAGACACUAGUCGUGCGAAACAGGCGUUGAGCAGUGCGGAAAAUGCUCUUCGGUCUGCUGAGCGAGAGAAGUCGAAUGCCGAGCAGGACCUGUCUCGCCUCUUCGACCCCAAGUGGUUCGGUCGUGACGGCGAAUGGAAGAAGCUACAGGGCACCUGCCUCGAGAAGAGCAUCGGAGAUUAUACUUAUGAGGUAUGCCUCUUCGGUGAGGCGAAGCAGAAGCCCAACAGCGGCGGCACGUCAUUCAGCCUCGGUCACUUUGACCGGUGGAACGACGCGGCGGGCCUCGAGCUUGGUUCGCCUGAGUACUAUAGCAAGCAGUACUACGCCCGCGGAACGAAAUGCUGGAAUGGCCCCAUGCGCAGCGUUCAGCUCGUUUGGACCUGCGGAACAGAGAACGCCAUACUGUCCGUGCAGGAGCUUGAGAAAUGCGAGUAUCAGUUCACAGGCACGACACCGGCAUUGUGCCUGCCUCUCGAGGAUCUUGAGAAAAAGAAGGACGAGCUAUAAUGUAUUUCAUGCAAGAUCUCAUGGCUCACGUUGCAUAUUCCGUUUCAGCAGAGCACGCAAUGAAUUUAAUA